CUCGCUGCUUCUGCACGAACUCGGCUGCAAAAUGGCAAUGAAGCUGGCAUACUGGGAUAUCCGCGGGAUUGCUCAACCAGUCCGUCUACUGUUGGAAUUCACUGGUACUAAAUAUGAGGAAAAGUUCUAUUCCUGUGGUGAAGCUCCCAACUAUGACAAAAGCUGUUGGUUAAAUGAGAAAAACAAACUUGGGCUGGCCUUUCCUAAUUUGCCCUACCUAAUGGAUGGUGAUACAAAGGUAGUUCAGAGCAAUGCCAUACUAAGAUACAUCGCCCGCAAAAACAACCUCUGUGGGGAAACUGAAGAAGAACAGACCAGAGUUGACAUAUUGGAGAAUCAGGCGAUGGACUUCCGCAAUGGAUUUAUUCAGCUCUGCUAUGGAGACUUUGACAAAAACAAACCAUGUUACUGUGAGAAGCUGCCAGGACCUCUAAAGCAGUUCUCUGACUUCCUUGGUGACAGGAAGUGGUUCGCGGGGGACAAGAUCACAUUUGUGGAUUUCAUCAUGUAUGACUUGCUGGAUUUACAUCGUAUGUUGUACCCAGAGUGUCUGGAUGACUACAGAAACCUUCGAUCUUUCCUGGAUCACUUUGAGAGUCUCGAGAAGAUUGUAGCAUACAUGAAGUCAAACAAGUACAUGAAAACUCCUGUGAACAACAAGAUGGCCAAAUGGGGAAACAAGAAGGAGUGAAACCAGCAAGAUUGUGACUUGUCUGUUGUUUUUGGUACCACUUUUUUUAAACCUCCCAUUGAACAAGCGUUUGUACUUUGUUCAGAUGUACAAGCUAAUGACGCAGUGUUUGUCUACAAGUACAGUGCAGAUAAAAAGCACUUAAAUUGAUGUUGAUGUCAUUUUAUUGUUACAUUAUCGGUUUUCUACAAACAAAAAUGUUUAAAUUUAGGAUCUUUUUUUAUACAAUAAAGUGGUUCUGUGCAUAUAAAGCCUCAUUGAUCAGAAAUUAAAGCCAAAAAUGAAUUUUAAUUUA